GUUGACGUUGACCAUUGAAUGACGUGGCAAUACACGUUUAUUUAUUUAUUUAUUUAUUUUCUAUUUAAAUAAUUUUCGGAAUAUAAUUAUUUUGUUUCUCUCUCGUCAACUGAUUCUCUCUCGCUCUCAGCUCUAAGCAAAUAGCAGUCCUCCCAUGGCCAACAGGCAUACUAUUGUUUUGAUGCAAACUGCGCCGAGCAGAGCAACUAGAACAUUUAUGGAUUAUGAUUCAAUAAGUCAAUCAAUGGAUGGCAUCUGUGGACUAUAUGAAAGGAAGCUGAAGGAAUUAAAUCCAGCCCUGGGGAACAUCACAUAUGACAUUGCAGAUCUCUAUAAUUUCAUUGACGGUCUCGUAGACAUGAGUGCUCUUGUAUAUGAUCACUCUCUUCGAGCCUAUUUGCCCUACGACAGACAAUGGAUCAAGCAGAAAGUAUUCCAACACCUCAAGAAGUUGGCCCAUUAAAUUCUGUCGUUAUUCCCACAUCUAGACUGCUAUCUAAUUUGAUAUAAAUCCAACUUAUGGAUAGAUUAAUAGGAGCAGAAGACCCCACCUCAUAGUUGUUAUUGUGUCUCUCUUUCUUUGGCACACGUAUUAGUACUAUUGUGGCCUCUGUUCAAAUUUCAGAUAAAUGAAAAAGUAUGUUGUGUGGUCAAUGCUGUGUUUUGUAGCAUAAUGUGCAAACCGUUUGCGAAGGUUGGCCGUAUACAAUUAUGUAAACUAAACUCUGGUUUUGAAUCACUCAAAUAUUGUAUCUAAGUAAGCCUUUGCUUGGUAUUUGCA